AUGACUGAAUAUAAGCUCGUCGUCGUCGGUGCUGGCGGCGUGGGCAAAAGUGCAUUGACAAUUCAGCUGAUUCAAAAUCAUUUUAUUGAUGAAUACGAUCCAACUAUUGAGGAUUCAUAUCGAAAACAAGCUGUGGUCGAUGGCGAAACAUGUCUACUAGAUAUUCUUGAUACUGCUGGCCAAGAAGAAUACAGUGCUAUGCGUGAUCAAUACAUGCGUGGUGGUGAAGGUUUCCUAUGUGUAUUCGCUGUUAAUAGUGCAAAAUCAUUUGAAGAAAUAAAACAAUAUCGUGAACAGAUCAAACGUGUAAAAGAUGCUGACGAUAUUCCUAUGGUUUUGGUGGGAAAUAAAAUUGAUUUACCAACACGAACAAUUGAUUUAUCCUAUGCAAAAGAUUUUGCUGCAUCCUUAUCCAUGCCAUUUGUACAAACAUCAGCUAAAACUCGGCAAGGUGUUGAAGAAGCAUUUUAUACACUUGUUCGUGAAAUAAGAAAAUAUAAGGAACGUACACGAAAGGAUCGAAAAGGUCGGAAGAAUAAAAACGGUGGUAACGGCACAGGUGGUAGUGGAAAUAAGUUUUCAUUAAAAGAUGGUCGAAGUCAAAGUGCAAAGCGUAGCGGGAAACGAAUGUGUACGCUCAUGUAG